AUGCAUUUCUCUCAGAUCAUCCAGUUCACCCUCGUCCUGGCCGGACUGGCCUGCGCCGCUCCUCAGUCCAACCCCCUCCUCGAGACCGUCAUGCUCUCCAACGGCGAGACCACCGUGGCCGUCCAGGUCGAGGCGAUGUCCCCUGCCAGCACCGGCCCCCAUAUCGGCGGCGAGAUCCUCGCCCGCGGCCAGCUCGUCUCCCGCCAGGACUCGAUCAACUGCAAGGGCAGCAGCUUGUGCAGCAACAGGCAAGGUUUCAAGGACAGCUGCACCACGGCCAAGAACAAGAUCGAGGACACCACGUACGCGAGUGGUGGCACUAAAAGCGGCACGUGCAGCGGAAACUGCGGCAUCUUUGUUCAGGGCAAGGAUUGCAUCGCGACCGGAGCUGUUAUGAGGAGCGCCUACAACGCGAUCCGCAACAACGGAUGCCAGGCUUGCGGGUCAGCCCACUGGAACAAUGGUUGCUACAUCACCAUCAACUAUAUCACCGGUUGCUGA